AUGGGUCCUCUUGUUGGAGAGACCGAACUUCGCGAAGCACUCCUCCAAGCCGGAAACGAUCUCCUCAACACUCAUUCCUCUACUGAUGCCAUCUUUGACAUUCUCAAUAAAGUUGAGUCUCUGCUCCUAGCUGUUGAUCAAGAUCCUAUUGUAGAAUUGAAAAACGCCUUGAAACCAUCGAUGCAAGCUUUGGUAUCUGUUGAUCUCUUGAGAAACCCUGAUUCUGAUGUUAGGGUUUACGUCGUCUCCUGCUUAACCGAAAUCAUGAGGAUUACUGCUCCAGAGGCCCCUUAUGACGAUGACCAAAUGAAGGAGGUCUUUGAGGUGACAGUAGAGGCCUUUGGAAAACUUGCGGAUGCUUCCUGUAAUAGUUAUAAGAAAGCUGAGGCCGUGCUUGAUACUGUUGCUAAAGUCAGAUCAUCCUUGGUGAUGUUGGACUUGGAGUGUGAUGACCUUAUUCUUGAGAUGUUUCGGCAGUUCUUGAAAAUCAUAAGAUUGACCCCGGAUUGUCCUCAACCGGUACUUCUUUCAAUGGAAAUGAUAAUGGUCACAGUUAUAGAUGAAAGUGAAGAAGUAUCCAUGGAUUUGCUCGAGAUUCUCUUGGGUCCUGUCAAAAAACAGAGCCUGGAUAUUUCACCAGUGGCUUCGAGGCUUGUGGAGAAGGUUCUCAUUAGUUGCGCCUGUAAGCUUCAACCGGACAUCAUGGAAGCUUUGAAGUCCACAGGGACUAGCUUGGAGAUGUAUUCUCCAGUAGUUUCGUCAAUAUGCCAAACCGGAGCUGCCACUGCUGAAGCACACAUUGUUGGUAACCUCAAAGAAACUGAGGGAGAAGAAAAGAUAUCACAAGAACAAGUACUUCCAAGUGAUUCAUUGCAGGCAAAACUGGAUUUGGGACUUUCUCCCAAGGGGAUUAGGUCCAAGAGAACUGCAAGAGGUGGAGCUCGCGCCAAUGGAGAUGACAAUGUAAAAAAUGGUAACGGUUUGAAACAACUUUUGAAGCAAGGGCAAUCUGAAAGUACAGACGGAGAGACUGAAUCAGGGUCUACUAGGAAGAGGAAACCUAAUUCUCUGAUAAAUCCUGAGGAAGGCUAUUCAUUCAAGACGUCAUCAAGCAAAAAGAAGGUGCAUGAAAAAGAACUUGGGGUUUCGUCGCUUGGAAAGGUGGCUGCCAAGAAAACAUCUUUGCCAAGUAAAGUUGGUCAAACGAGUCAGUCAGUUGUUAUAUCUCUCUCACCCUCUAGUAAGGCUAGGAAGGGGUCGCGUAAACGAAGCAGGAGUAAGAUGGAAGAGACAGAUCUUGAUGCAAGUUCUUUAGCUACACCAGCAUCAAAGAAACAGACUGUGAAGAAAGAUGAUCCUGAAGCAAAAGAAGAUUUAAUGGAAACUGGCCUUGAAAAGCCUGAAGAGAGCACUAAGACUGCAAAGUCGAGUAAAAUGGAGAAAGCACAGAAGGGUUCAGCAUCAAAGACACAGACUGUGAAGAAAGAUGAUCUAGAAGAUAGCACUAAGACUGCAAAGUCAAGUAAAAUGGAGAAGUCACAGAAGGAUUCAGCGAAAACAACUGCCAAGAAGCCACUAGCAGAAUCUAAAAAGGAGAAAGUACAGAAAGGUUCAGCGAAAACAGCUGCAAAAAAACCACUUGCAGAAUCUAAAAAGGAGAAAGCACAGAAGACUUCAGCGAAAACGGCUGCAAAGAAGCCUCUUGUAGAAUCUAAAAAGGAGACAGGACAGAAUGGUUCAGCCAAAACAUCUGCAAAGAAGCCACUUGCAAAAUCUAGAAAGGAGACAGGGCAGAAUGGUUUAGCGAAAACAUCUGCCAAGAAGCCUUCUGAAAAAUCAGUCCACUCAGGUGCCAAGAAAAAGAAUUCAGAAGGUGCAAGCAUGGCCGAGUCAUCAGAGAGCAAGAAGAAGAGUUCUCGUGCAAUGACGCCUUCGAAAAAAGAAUCUGAACAAUCCCUCAAGAGGAAACGGACAGCUGUAGAGGAAGUGGAGUCCAGUAAGAGUGAGCAUGGUGAGGAAUUGGUUGGUAAGAGAGUUAAAGUCUGGUGGCCACUUGACAAGACGUUUUAUGAUGGCGUCAUAAAGUCCUAUAAUAGUCUGAAGAAGAUGCAUGAGGUGUCUUAUUCGGAUGGGGAUUCUGAAGAGCUUAAUCUUAAAAAAGAACGUUGGGAGAUAAUCAGUGAGGAAAAGGAGGAGAUUGAUCUACCUGAUUCUACUCCUUUAUCUGACAUAAGAAGGCAUAAAGCCAAGAAAAGGAAAACUGCGUCUAUGAAAGUGGAGCUAAAAAGUUCUUCAGACGUCAGAUCCUCGAAGAAGAAAGACCUUGUAACGAACUCAACAAAGCAAGGGAAAAUAACCAAAGAGGCGGUGAAGGGCGGAAGCAAUGAACCAGAAAGGAAGGAAGAGAUAAAUCUAGAAAUCCCAAAAGAAUGUGAUGACAAGGAAGAAUCUGAAACCAAGUGUAAAGACAUUCUUAAAAUCGAGGAAGAGUCAAAUGCAGAGUCUGGAUGUAAGAGAGAUCAUCAAGAACCGCCUGAGGAAUCUAAUGCAGAAGCCAAGUCUGAUGGAGAAGAGAUAAAGUCUGCAAAUACGUCAACUGCAGAACCCGAUACUGAUGGAAAAGAGCAGGAGGUAGAGAAAGAGGCAACCGCAGAACCCAAAACUGAUGGAGAAGAGCCAGAGUCAGUGAAAGAGCCAAAUGAAGAACCUGAAACUGAGGUACAAGUGCGAGAAGAGCCAACUACAGACACAAAAUUGAUUGAGGAGGAUAUUUCUGAGGAGAAGGAGACUGGUAAAGUCGAAAAUGAAGCUGAAGAAGAGGAACAGAAAAUAGUUGAGGAUCAGGGAGAAGAGGCUGAUAAAGCAGAAGGUGUUACUAUUUUUGUUACAGGUUGAUCGAUGAACAAAGCAUAUGGUUAGUGAAGCUGCUUGUUUCAGAGACGUAGUGCUAUUGUUAGUAGAGUCUUCUGACAUAUAUAUUUCUCAUCAUGGAACCAGUUUGGUCUAUUGUAACAUAUAUUGAAACAUACAUUAAGACAUGUAUGCCUUGCUAUUUGCUAUCAUUCUAACACACAUUGAUACUAUGUGUAGAAGGGG